GGAUGCCCAGGGACUUUUGGGGAUUGAGGCCAUCCAGGGACACUUGGGGACCGGGGUGACCAAGGGCAUCUGGGGACACUUGGGGACAUCCCGGGGGUGCCCGAGGACAUCUGGGGACACUUGGGGACACCCCGGGGUGACCGGGGACAUCUGGGGACACUUGGGGACCGAGGACAUCCAGGGAUGCCCAUGGAGCAGGGACACCCG